AUGGCAGCAGACGACGCGCUGUGGGGCUCCCUGUCGCGCGCUGCCAUCGAGGCGGGGCGGGCGGUGCGUGGGGCAGCCGAAGAGGCGGCCAAGGACCUGAGCGGCGCGCUGGGCUGCGACCAGCAGCGGCUGCGCUGGCCCACGGGCCUGCUGGGCGGACCCACCAUCCCUCAGACAUACACGGCACCCUGGGAGGCGGGGCGGCGGCUGACUUGGCAAGAUGGCUACAUGGCCUCGUGCGCAUUGUCGGUGGCCAGGUCGCUGCAACAGCAGGAGCUGUCGACAGCCACCGUGGGCCUGGUUGCCGCGCAGGCGGCGCUGCACAUGCGGCCCGGCGGCUAUCGCCUGCUGCAAGUUGGCUUGAAUACACACCGCGUGCUCCACCACGGCGAGUAUCGCCGCCUGCUCACCGGCGUGAUGCUGCACGCCGACAUGACGCACCUGGUCAGCAACUGCACCUCGGUGGUGCUGGAGGGGCUGCCGCUGGAGCGCCGCCUCGGCUCCCCCGCCUUUCUGGCGCUGGUGGCCUCUACAAGUCUCACCUCGCAGGGCCUCUACCUGCUGUCCACGCGGCUGGCCGUCAGAUUUCUGCCCAACAGCUCCCUGGCCAACGACUAUUACCUCAGCUUUGUCGUGGGGUUCAGCGGCAUUGCCUUGGCACUCAGGGUGGUGGGCGGGUACAUGCGGGAAGCGGACCUGGCGGCAGCGCAGGUGGCGCCGUCAGAGGAGUUUGUGCUCACGGCGGGGCGCCUUGCGGCCUGGCCCUCCCUGCUGAUGUCGCACGCCUUGUUCCCCAAUGCCAGCCUGACGGGCCACCUGUGCGGCAUAGCGACGGGAGUGCUGCAUGUGUAUGCCGCGCGGGUGGUCGGCUGGCUGGCGCGGCGGCUGGGCCUGCGGCGCGGGCGGCGACGGAUAGAGGGCGGGCGGCUGGCGGCGGCGGGCGGGCACGCAUGGCUGGACCUGGGCGGCGCCGCGCGGCACCCGGGGCUGGGGUGGCAAGACGUGGGCAGCCAGGUUAUGCUGGGGACGGGCACCUGCCUGGCGGCACGGUGGGCCGCCCGCGCGAGGAGCGGUAGCAGCGCAUAA